GCAUCCUUGUCGCGAUUCUAUCGCGCAUCGUCAUCCACCCCACCAUGGAAAAGUUGGCCCCUGGUUGAAGCAGGGCGUGGCACUGGCAGGUACGAGAGUAGUUGGCCGAUUAAUUAUAAAAGACACAAUGCCGCUCGUUAUGGUCACAGGCUACCCUACCUCUGGGAAAUCAACGAGGGCAAAACAACUAUACGACAACUUUUCUGAGCGUCUCAAGACCCCGGCCGGGUCGAAAUACCGCCUCCAUCUCAUAUCGGACGAGACGCUGUCGAUAUCGCGCUCCGUGUACGACUUGUCACCCGACAAAGUCCCCGAGCACACCAGAUCCGCCAACGCCUCGGAGAAAGAUGCACGCGCUGCUAUAUACGCCGCAGUGAGGCGAGUGCUCUCGCCGCGGGACAUAGUCAUACUGGACCACCUCAACUACAUCAAAGGCUGGCGCUACCAGCUCUUCUGCGAGGCCAAGAACAUCAGCACGCCCAGCUGCGUGUUGCAGAUAGGUUGCAGCGUCGAUAGGGCCAGGGCCGUCAACGAAGAGCGCCUGGCGCGCAGGGACGGUUCUCAGAGCGGCGAGACGGGUGCAGAGAAUGCCACCGUCGUGGAGCCGUACGAGCCUGCGAACUGGGACAAUCUCGUCUUUCGGUACGAGGAGCCGAAUCCCAUGAGCCGCUGGGACAGCCCUCUCUUUGCGCUAGUCUGGGACGAUGACGAAGCGCGCACCAAGGAGGUUUUCCAGGACAUUUGGGACGGAAUUGCAGGCGAGGGCCGGGAGAAAGUUGUCCCCAACAAGGUGGUCAUUCAGAGGGGUAAGGAUGCAGGAGGCGACUACCUCUAUAUGCUUGAUAGGGAGACUCAGGCCAUUGUGAAGAGGAUAUUGGAACUGCAGCCCGAGGAGGGUGGUGGAGAGAUAAAAAUACCAAAAGCAUCAGGGGAUGGUGAUAUGAUUCUAGAGCUACCUGGGAGAAAACUGCUUCUGCCGCAGCUUCAGAGACUACGACGGGCGUUUUUGGGCAUGAACCGGGGUGGCAUUGGUUUGGAAGGACUGGGUAACAUGUCGGUCGCUAGGGUGCAGGAGAGUUUUGUCGGGUAUCUCGAUGAUUCUUUUCGAAAUGAAGAUUAAACCUGAGAAUAGAGUGCGGGAGAAAGAAUCAUCACAAAAAAAAAAAAAAAAUCAAGUCAUG